AUGAAGAGCCUGCUCUUGACCUUGCUUCUGGGGCUGGUGGCUUUCCUGAAGGCCCAAGAAGUUCCAUCAGAUGACCAGGAGGAUUACUCUGGGAUCUGGUAUCCAAAGGCCAUGAUACACAACGGCAGCCUACCCUGUUUCAAGAUCCCCUCGAAGGUUUUCCCUGUGAAGGUAACAGCCCUGGAAGGAGGAGACCUGGAGGCCGACGUUAUAUUCUGGAAGAAUGGUCAGUGCCAUGACGUUAAAAUCCUGAUGAAGAAAACUGAUGAGCCUGGCAAAUUCACCUCCUUUGACGACAAGAGGUUCAUCUAUAUCACAGAGCUACCGGUGAAGGACCACUACGUCAUCUACUGUGAAAGCCGCCACCCUGGAAAGUUGUUUGGCGUGGGAAAGCUCAUCGGGAGAAACCCUGAGCCAAACCCAGAGGCCAUGGAAGAAUUUAAGAAAUUUGUACAGCAUAAGGGACUCAAAGAGGAAAACAUCCUUGUACCAGAGUUAAAUGAGACUGGCUUCUCCACCACGGAGAUGGGCAGUCCUGAACCUGACCGCACUGUGGAGACACGCACCGUGGAGAUGGGCAGUCCUGAACCUGACCGCACUGUGGAGACACGCACCGUGGAGAUGGGCAGUCCUGAACCUGACCGCACUGUGGAGACACGCACCGUGGAGAUGGGCAGUCCUGAACCUGACCGCACUGUGGAGACACGCACCGUGGAGAUGGGCAGUCCUGAACCUGACCGCACUGUGGAGACACGCACUGUGGAGAUGGGCAGUCCUGAACCUGACCGCACUGUGGAGACGCGCACCGUGGAGAUGGGCAGUCCUGAACCUGACCGCACUGUGGAGACACACCAACCUAGGGAACAGCAGCAGCAGCGGCGGCAGCGGCGGCGGCAGCGGCAGCGGCAGCGGCAGCGGCAACAGCAGCCGGCAACAGCAGAAACAGAGCAGGAGAGACCCUGA